GUUUGACAGAAGUUUGAAUCGGACUCGGGGGCUUUCUGCAGCCGGCGGGGCAGUGCGGCGGACACAGCCUCCGAGAGCGCGAGCAGCAGCGCCCCCCACGACCUAGCCCGCCAACCAGCCUGGAGUCCGGCCUGCCCACGGCCGCGAGCCCGCCGUCCCCAGCGCCCCCGCGCGCCACGCAGCCUCCCAGCCAGGGAGCCGAAGCCCCACACUGCUCCGCACUGCACCAGCAUGUCCUCGACGGAGAGCCCCGGCCGCACGUCGGACAAGGCUCCGCGCCCGCAGGUGGACCGAUUGCUCGUGGGGCUGCGCUGGCGGCGCCUGGAGGAGCCACUGGGCUUCAUCAAAGUUCUCCAGUGGCUCUUUGCUAUUUUCGCCUUCGGGUCCUGCGGCUCUUACAGCGGGGAGACGGGAGCCAUGGUUCGCUGCAACAACGAAGCCAAGGACGUGAGCGCCAUCAUUGUUUUGUUCGGCUACCCCUUCAGGUUGCACCGGGUCCAGUAUGAGAUGCCUCUCUGUGAUGAUGACUCCACCUCCAAAACCAUGCACCUCAUGGGAGACUUCUCUGCCCCUGCCGAGUUCUUCGUGACCCUUGGCAUAUUUUCUUUCUUCUAUACAAUGGCUGCUCUAGUCCUCUACCUGCGCUUCCACAACCUCUACACAGAGAACAAACGCUUCCCACUGGUGGAUUUCUGUGUGACUGUCUCCUUCACCUUCUUCUGGCUGGUUGCUGCAGCUGCCUGGGGCAAGGGCUUGACUGAUGUCAAAGGGGCCACACGGCCAUCCAGCCUGACUGCAGCCAUGUCCGUGUGUCACGGAGAGGAUGCAGUAUGCAGUGCCGGGGCCACACCCUCGAUGGGGCUAGCUAACCUUUCUGUGCUCUUCGGCUUUAUCAACUUCUUCCUGUGGGCUGGAAACUGUUGGUUUGUGUUCAAAGAGACACCGUGGCACGGACAGGGCCAGGACCAAGGCCAGGGCCCCAGCCAGGAGAGUGCCGCAGAACAGGGAGCCUUGGAGAAGCAGUGAACAGCUGGCGACUCCCGGCCUGGACAGCACCUCUUCAUCUCCUCCGGCUUCCACAGGACCUUCCUUCUCCUCCAACCCCCUUCCCCUAUCAUUCUGGGCUUUGAGAUUUGAGACGCUGGAUGCGUAGGCAUCAGCUAUUGGUAACCUGGGCAGUCCUCCACCGGCUUCCUAAUCCCUCACCCUGCUGGAGCUGCAAAUGGCAGGAACUCAGUACCUCUUGCCCACUGCCUGGACUCAGGCAUCUCACUGGGCUUUAAUUUGUGUUCUCAAGCCUCUGAGGAAGAGCCUCUGCUUGCUGCAGGCGAGGGCAGGAAACUAGAGUCCUAACACUGGUCUCUAAAAGCUGCCUUGCCAUCACUAGUCUAGUCUCCGCGCGGUGGGGGAGGGGAAGUCAGCCGGCAGCCUUGCCCAGAUUCCCGACCCCCACGUGGAGGGCCCAGCAGUGGUUUGAUGACAUCCCUCAGAGGUGUCAUCUGGUCUCUGUGCCUUAUCUCUAGUCCUCCCCGAGCCCAGUGUGUUCCCUAAUCUCCUCUCUGGCCUCGGUUUGUCCACAGCUCCCACCAUGUGUGAAGCAGGGAGACCCAUUACCCUAUCCAAGGGUCCUCUUCGGGUCCACAUGAGGCCCAUGAGGUCCACAUGGGCUCAGUGGGAGCAGACAGAGUUGCCAUUGUGUUGCAGCUUCAGGGAAGAGACUCAGGAAAGUUGCUGGCAGACUACGAUUUCCAGGCCCUCAGUUCCCCCUCUCCCUCAGCUGGAACACUUUCACUAGCUCCCUAAACUCCACUUAUUCAUGAAACCCCCAACUCCCUUCUCCUUCUUGGGCUUGGCUUUGUCUCACACUUAGGAAACAAGAUGAGAAGGCCAGGAAUAUUCCCACUUCCUUCUCCCACCCCACCCUCCACCUGACAGCCCGUCUCCCUUCCCUAACCUUUUGGAGAUGAGGCAUUUAAGAUUUUUUUUUUAAGUCUGUCCAGGCCUUCCUUUCAUUCCUGUGGGCAUUGGGAGGGCCUAAAGGACCAUCAUGAGGCUGAGGUGCCCAGGAGUCCCAGGACAUGGAUAGAUGGCCCCACUUGUCUGCUCAUUUUCUCAAACUAGCACCUUUUCUAGAUCUUUCGUACCUUUCCUUUCUCAUUUUUACAAAGAGACGUUCUCUCUCCUCAUCUCUCGAAGUCCUCCCUUGCUUCCAUACAGUAGCCAGACUCUACCCCUUCCCCAAUCCUGGGCAGCCCGAUGCUAUUGGUGCUUCUUCACUUCGGGACCCAGUUCCAUAUUUGUUUGGGUGGUCUCCUCUUCCUGACACCUCCUUCCAUCCCUCCUUGGGCCCCAAGGUCUCAGGGCACCAACUGGAUAGAUACCAUCUGCUUCCUAUCCAGAUCAAAAUCCCUUGGUCUUCCCUGGCUGUAGGGCUGCUCAGGGAGAGAUGAAGAAGGAAGACUCCAGCCAUUUCCCAAUUUAGUGCCAACUGGCCCACUUAGUAUCCCAAAGAUGAAUGUGUCCUGUGCUAAUCUGUCCUCAAGACAGGCCCAACCCUCUCCAGCCUCCUCAUCUUCCUCAACGCUACCCACAUCAAGAUAUGGGUUAAUUGGGUUUCCAGGGCUUAGAACCCUUAACUUUGGGCCAUCUACUUCUUCUUUGAGUUAUAAUUCCCCACUUGAGAGGGGGAGUAUGACAUUUACACACUUCUAGAUGCUCCUGAGCCCUUCAUUAAAGGAAUUUGGAAUUUU